AUGCGAAGCCCUUCCAACGGGUUGCGCACAGAAGAUCGCAUCGACCAACUCCAUGAUCUGCAUCGCAGUGCAUCGCAGAUCCAAGUUCUCGAUAUGAAGGUUAUAGGGCUUCUAAUCUCAGGACUGUUGUUGGGCUUCGGUGAAGCUGUCGCUCUGGAUGUAGCGCCCGCAGGAAUUCCCGACUGUGCUACGCCUUGUUUAUCGGGGACCUUGUCCUCAAUAGGCUCGAGCAGCACUGUCCCGUUGCCAGAUUCACUAUGUUCAAAUAUCACGCUGCAGUCUUCCCUCUCAACAUGUGUGCAGAAGUCUUGCUCAUUCAACGAGCAGAUCAUUGGAACUCGGAGCAUGCAGUCGUUUUGUAAAGGCCAUCCGAUAAAAUCGAGAAGCAACGAAAUGAUUAUUUGUAUCGUCGUUCUUUCCGCCAUCACAUUUCCAACCGCCGGGCUGAAGUUCUACACACGCUGGUCAGCGAGCAGGAGGCUUGGAUUGGAUGAUUACGCCGCUCUACUAUCCACCGUUUUCCUGGCGGGCCUCGCCGCAACUCUCUUUGCAUGCGCCAAACUAGGCCUGGGACAACACUACUGGACGAUCAAACCAGAAGACGCAGUCCACAGUGCGAAAUCCUACUACGUUGGUCAGAUGCUCUACAUUAUCAUCCAAGUCUUGGCAAAGAUCUCUCUCCUUCUACUCUACGUGCGAUUAUUUCCCCGAACGCGCACGGAGUUUAUGAGCAAACUGGGAAUAGCCUUCCUCCUCCUUCACGGGACCGUGUACCUUUUCCUUAUCAUCUUUCAGUGUUGGCCAAUUCAUGCUAUUUGGGACAGGUCUAUUGCAGGCCAAUGUCUCCACCCGAAGAUUAUUGGGUAUAGUGGCGCCGGCGCAAGUAUACUAGAGGACUUCUUCAUCUUGUUUCUACCCGCGGGUGAGAUCUGGAAUCUCCAACUUAGCAGAGGCCAGAAACUGAAUCUGUUCUUCAUGUUCUCCAUCGGCUCCUUUGCCUGUGUGACUAGUAUAGUCCGCCUCCAGUAUCUAUCUGUAUUCGAUAAGCAGUUCGAUGCCACCUGGGAUCAUUUCGAUUUUGUCCUGUGGUCUCUGAUCGAGGAGUUCGUGGCAGUGUUUUGCGCCUGCAUCCCUUCCCUCCGAGCAUUCAUCGUAAAGAUCUUCCUCUCGGUGAACACGCACGUGCAGAGCACAGUAAGCGGGAUCCGCUCCGGCACACACGGCGCCCAGAGACUGGAUAACAGCACCACGACCUCCUUUCUUAUGUACAGCAUCACGAAGAGCGUUGGUGUGGAUGUCGAAGAGAAGCCGGCGACCAGCGAUGGCUAUCGGUCAGGAAGUACGACUAGGAUAUACGCAAACGGGUAG